UCUCUCGCGACCUCCGCCGGACGCGCACGCACGCAGCGCUCCGCAUAACCUUUACCGCGCCGCGCUCGCGCUAUGCCGUCGACUCUACAACAAACUUUUGUGUUCGUUUACUUUUUUCGUUUUCCAUGUGUAGGACGAAGAACGGAAAUGCGCUAGUGAUUUGAUUUAGUGAAUUUUAUUUGUUUGUACUAUUUUACUUAAAAAUCGUUUUGUACAAUAGCUCUAGCUAACACGUAUCGAUGAUGGUAUCUGAAGGGGCUCUGCCCGUGGUUUGGUGUGUACGCGAUAAUCAACUUGUGCCUCAUCAAGUUUCCGGUGUUAAGUUACAAGGAGCAGUAACUGGAGCCCACAUAGCUGCCGUUACAGACUUUUUGCGUAUGGUUGCCGGCACUCCUAUUGUUUUACCGCAUACAGCAGUUCCUGAAAAUGUCGAUAACGAUUUCAAUCAGGAGAAAGAAAAUACAGAGAAAGAAACAAGACGGCGAAAAAUGUCAAUGCAAGUGGAAGUACCUUGUGUUUUCCUUACAGAAAGUGCACUACAAAAGGCGAAAAGCCGAAGCAAUUCUUUAGAUGAAAAGGUAUUUUUUAAUGAUUGUAAUUCACCGUCAUCAACCAAAAGAUAUUUAGAAUUAGGUAAAUCGAAGUCAUUAGAAAUGAAAACGCCUGACGACUGCAUUUCAAGCGGCGACAACGAUUGUGUGAAGUCUUUUACACAACGAAUAACAAGAAUAAUAGAAGUAGAUGAUAUUAACCCUAAUAUAGUAAAUACAGAACCAGAAAAAGAACCACUACAAAGAAUAACUAGGAUAAUCGAGUUCGAAGAUAAUAAGCCGCCAUCACCAGUGUCUCCAGAAAGAGAAACUGAAAUAACACAAAGAAUCACAAGAAUUAUUGAACUAAAUGAUGACAACUCCUUCACCACCAUUACGAACAAUAACGAAAUUGAUAAAGAUUGUACACAAAGAUUAAGUAGAAUAAUGGAAUUGGAAAAAGAAAGCAGUUUUCCUAGUAUGACCAAAAUUAUAGAAAUGGAAAAUGAAAUAUCAAAUGAAAGAAGAAUUUCUCUAACUAAUGAGCGAGAAACUGGUGGCGGAAUGUCCGAUUAUCCCGAAGAAAUUGUUGUAAGAUCUAAUAGGCUAUUACACAGAAGUACCCCUAGAAUUAGUGUUGAUUCUUCUUGCUCCGAAAACUCUUACGUAAAUAUAGACUGUUUCAAGAGUUUGCAGGAUGUAAGGAAAGAAGAAAUCGCUGAUGGUGGUGUAAGUCCCGAGCCAUCACCGGCUUGCAAAUCUGUACGAUCCAGAUUUCCAAAAAAAAAGACUUCAGUAUGUUCGAUGGGCUCCUCGGACUAUGAUGAUGAGGUCGAUGUUAUUUUCAAAUCCAAGCCCAAGUCUAGUCAGUGGUUGAGUCUCGAUUGGAUACCACCACCAUCCAAAGAAGAGCCAGUGAUGUCGCAUGUCUGUGAUAAAAAUGACUUUAUAUCGAAAUGGAUUGCAGAACAAAAUUCUCAAGAUUCGGGUAUCAUAGCCGAUGAAAGACGUAGAAGUCUUCCACCAAAGUCGAAUGAAGUAUACCUUCAAAAUAUGAGAAGAUUUAGUGAUGGUUUGCAGAUAUGUAAAGAAGAUGCCGCUAGUGAUUCACCGGCUACAGUAAAAUGGAAAUGGCAGGACAUUGUAAAGCGACAUCUCCAGCUACUGAAAAGUGAUAAAGGUUUCAGACGGCAAAGAGGAAGCUGGAUAAGAACGGCUCGUCGUCUGUCGUCCUCCAAUGUUAAUAACAAAGGCUCCGAAGCCUUACUUCUUGAUACCUACUUGAAAUUAAACUCUAUGCCAUGGUAUUUCCGCAAAAUAAAACGAAUCGAAGCGGAGAAGAAGUUGCUUCUACCGGAAAACGAGCAUGGCGCUUUUCUCAUUCGAGAUUCUGAGAGCCGGCACAACGACUUCUCGCUUUCAGUGCGAGAUGGCGAUACGGUGAAGCACUACCGGAUCAGGCAGUUGGACGAAGGCGGUUUCUUCAUCGCGAGACGCACCACCUUCAGAACGCUCCAAGAGCUUGUGGAACACUACAGCAAGGACGCCGAUGGACUCUGCGUCUCACUCAGCAAACCUUGUGUACAGGUGGAAAAGCCAGUGACAGAAGGUCUCUCACACAGAACGCGCGAUCAGUGGGAGAUUGACCGUUCAUCACUUAAGUUCGUGAGGAAACUGGGACAUGGGCAGUUCGGCGAAGUCUGGGAGGGCCAGUGGAACAACACCACCCCUGUGGCCAUCAAAACCCUCAAAUCUGGCACUAUGGAUCCGAAGGACUUCCUCGCCGAGGCACAGAUAAUGAAGAAGCUGCGUCACAAUAAACUCAUCCAGUUGUAUGCUGUCUGUACGCUUGAGGAACCGAUCUAUAUCAUAACUGAAUUAAUGAAGAAUGGCUCUCUGCUUGAUUACUUGCAAGGCAAGGGUCGCGGGUUGAAGCUGCAGCAGCUGAUCGACAUGGCGGCGCAGAUAGCGAGCGGGAUGGCGUACCUCGAGUCUCAGAACUACAUCCACCGCGACCUGGCGGCCAGGAACGUGCUCGUGGCAGAGUCCAACAUCGUCAAGAUUGCUGACUUCGGCCUCGCGAGGCUUAUCAAGGAAGACGAAUACGAGGCGCGCGUAGGUGCGCGGUUCCCGAUCAAGUGGACGGCGCCGGAGGCCGCCAACUACAGCAAGUUCUCCAUCAAGUCCGACGUCUGGUCCUUCGGCAUCCUGCUCACUGAGCUCGUCACAUAUGGACGAAUACCGUAUCCGGGAAUGACGAACGCGGAGGUCCUUCAUCAAGUGGAGCACGGUUACCGGAUGCCGUGUCCGCAGAACUGCCCGGCGCCGCUGUACGAGAUCAUGCUGGAGUGCUGGCACAAGGACCCGCUGAAGCGGCCCACGUUCGAGACGCUGCAGUGGAAGCUGGAGGACUUCUUCACCAUGGACAACUCUGAGUACAAGGAGGCCUCCGCCUACUGAGCCCGGCCCUCCCUGCCGCCCCACCGACACGCCAUCACGCAUCAUCCGCCAGGGCUGUACCACAUGCCGCCGGAGCUGCUGCUGCACGGCAGCGCGUCCAUGCAGCACCUGCAGCUGCACGCGGCCGGGGCGCUGCCGCACGCGGGCAGCCUGGCGCAGCUGCCGCGCCGGCCGCCGUGCCACCAUCACCGCCACCACCGCGCGCCCUGAGCUGUCCACAGACCACACAGUCCGACCCCCGCUACAUCGCGCCACUGCCACUUUGUGAUAUCGACGCCUAUACUGUAAUAUGCUGUGGGUAAGGAUCGAUUUUGAUGUCUUGGGUCGCGGUCUAAUUGCUCCGUCGUCCUCCGUUUUUUUUACAUAGGUUUUGACAUUGAUGUGCGUCGACGUUCGUCAAAACGCCAUACGAUUUCUGCGUUGAUCUGUCGACGGACGUCAACGCAACGGAAGACGACGGAGCGCAACGGAGCAAUAAGGACUGGCCUCGUUUUAUAUUAAUAUUUUGCAAUGUUACAAUCGGAUGAGUUUUUUUUUAUGUUAUGGCAAACGGUAUUUUGCCAACAUUUAAAAAAUCUAAGCGUCAUGCGACUAACUGUAAAGGCAUAGUGACGUCACUAUUUGGAAUCAAAAUGUAUUCUAAAUAUAUUUUAAUCAGAAUCACAAAACGGUAAAUCAAGUACUUAUUAUAUUAUUUACUUUCCAAAUCAAUUUGAAUUCAUGAAUUAAAGUCCCAGAAGAAUAUACAAACGCUAAGACUAGUUUUAUAAAAUGGGAGUAGAAAAUAAUAGCUUUAAAAAUCGAUCCUUAUCACCUAUUUAUAGUAUUAAUAUUAGAAGUGUCGAAUGAAAUGUUUUGUAAAACAAAUCUAGGUCUUUUAAGACUGUUUUGUACCAUCUGUAACUUAGGACCUAGUUUAGGCUGAUAACCUAACUCCUUUCAAAGUGUGUCGUUGACCAUGUUCUUCAACAUUCCCAGUUAACCCUAGCACUGGUUUUUCUUCAUACAUUGGUAAAUUUAGAACAUUUUUCCUAAAAAUACUUUGAUUACUAGAUGUGAUCUUAAAAUAACUAGCGUGCAGAGAGGGCCAAUGCGUUAAGCCCAUCAUGUCAUAUUCGAUCGGGGCAGGUCGCAAGCCUAACAUAAUAAAAAUAUUAAAAAUUGAACAUCUCGUAAGUACUUUACACAAACGAAAAAUCUAUGUGGGUUUGCGGUUUUGCACCGACCAUGUAGACGUAAUUUUAUUACAAUUCGAUCGGUAAUAAGUUUAGUUAGACUGUCUACGAUUUUUCUAAAUAUAUUUAGCGUACCAUAGGUUAACUUUAAAGUUCUACAAGUGUUGAAUAAGCCUCUUAGGUGAGCGUUGAUAUUAAUCGAGAAUGACGUCGUUAGAUGAAGCCGCUUCUGAAGUUCACUGCUUCUUGUUAUUUUCAUGAAUGCAAUAAACUGGACAUAUCAGUACAUAUUAGCUUUGACACGUAUUCGUAAUUUUUUGCGCCCCUACUUUUGUUGCUGCAUUUAUGUCGUACAUAUUUAUAAUAUACAUAAUAUAUUUACUGCGAUUUAAUUUGCAACUGAGCAAUUUACCCGGUUUUAGAAACAAGGUAUUCGAUGGAGUUGACAUUAGAGGCUGUUCCAUAACAAAAAGACAUUGGUUCCGCAUCACAUUGGAGUGCAAGUGGCGCCGUGGGGUAGCAGACUAGCAGUGGCUGGAUCCGUGUGCGGUCGCGCGGAGCGUGAGAGUGCGUGUAAGGAGGAAAUUUAGGCUCGGCAGGGAAAAUAGUCGUGCGAAAUGCACGACUUGCAAGGAUUUAUUUUUAAAGAGGCGAUAUAUUGAUUAGGUAUUUCACCUUCGUAUACCAUGAAAGUAGAUAUUGAUUGGUGAUAGAUGCCAAAUAAUCCUAAUAAAGAACUGAGUUUUAUAUAUAUAUUAACUGUUCUGAGGGUAGUUAGACGUUAGAUUUUUAUUUGUAUAAAUUAAAAUCAAGUAAGCCUUUCUGUAUAUUUAAGAAAGGUCAUAAUAUUUAUUUAGUAAUUUUUAUUUUAUUUUCCUAUCAAUUAGAUAAUUCUUCUGCUCAACAAUGAACCCUCAUUACAUUAUGUUGAAUUUUAUCGUAUGCGAAUUCAAAUUUGAUAUUUUAUUUGUGCCAAGACUUUUAGUUUAAGUGGAAUAUCGCGUUCCCAUGAUAUAAAUCCUAAUACCCAAUAACAUAUACAAACAUAUAUACUCUUACGAUAAAGUAAGACAUAAUAAUUGGCCUAAGUAAAUAAGUAUUUUUGAAUGUGUAGGUUUUGUAUCCUAACAUUUUUAGAGUAAACUAAAUGUAUUUAAUAUUUAUCAAUAACUUCAUUAUGACGACAUCAAAACAUGGUAUUCAAUUGAAUUAAUGCACAUAUCGGAAAUGUUUGAGACAUGUGCAAUAAUAUUUCCAAACCGGUGCUUAUACAUAUAUAAAAAUGGAGAUUCCUUCGUCAUUUAUUGUCGUCCUCAGAACACUUAAGUAAUCGUCGAUGUAAGCUUUUGAUUAUAAUAGUUACAACUACAAAAAAAUUAUCGAUUUGCAGUUGUUUGUUGUCUUGUAAAUCGAUUGUUUCGUCACCUGUAUAUAGAACUGAUGUAGCAUUGAUUAUGGUUAUGGAUGAUAUUAGAAUGUUGGUAUUAAUGAUUGAUUUUUUACGCAAUAAGCUCUACUGACUCAAUGUUCACCGAUUCUUAUCAUUCCAAUUGGAAGAUUGCAAUAAGCAUAGGUACAUAUUGAAUUAUUGUGACAAGUAGAAAAGUUUUUGUACAAUGCUAGGCAAAACAAAAUGCAACUAUAUCGCACAAAUAAUUAUAAACCUAAUCAUAAGGUGCCUAAAUAUUUGCAUUUUUACGUCACAAAAUAUAAAUUUAGUCAGGAAUUGGUUAAGGUAUACUAAUUUGUGGUAAUCUUGACAAUCCAAUAUUUCGGACAAAUUCUCAAUGCACUGUAUUUAAAGCACGAAUUAUGUAUAAAAUGUAUCUCGGUUUAGACAGUUACUCGAUUAUUCCAGAAGAUCGGAAAUGUAUGAUAGAAGGAUUUGUAUACGCUGUAAUUGACCUUCCUCAAUAAUAUUACAAUUUAUUUUUACUCUACAUACUGUGUAUUAUUUUUAUAAUUUAUUGCAUAAAUCUAUCUAAGUUUUAGCUGUAUAAAUUUUAGGCUUUAUGCUUUAUUUCAAUUGCUAAGUAUGCUGUUUAUCUUUUAUGGCAAUAUUAUUCCCUAUCUUAUAAUUAGUUAGCCAAUUUAUAAGUGCUUCUCUUAUUCAUCACAAUAAUAUGAAAAAAUUAAGAUGCGUAGGCUAAUAUGUGAAUGAUGAGUGUUUAGAUAUAACUAGAAUUUAUUUAGUAAUUGUUGCUGUGUUACUCGCCAUUUGUACGUGGAUUACAGUGCUGUACAGCUGUAGUAGGUAUGCUUCGGCGACCGGGAGAUGAAUUCAGAAAUCAAGCUCGACUGAUGUUAGUUGAUACUGUAGUUGCGACGUGGAGUAAGGUGUUAUUACCUCCGAGUAUCAAUAAUCUAUUUUAGUUUCUCUUUCAUCCGAUAUUACAUUGACAUGCAGUGAUCACUCUAUGAAGCUGAAGUUUUUUUGAUCUCUCAAUGCUUCCUGGUCAUAAAACUUGCGUGACAGUGUAGUAUAGGCUAUACGUAUAAUUAUAUCUUCGAUUUAUUAUAUAUUUCACUUAUUUGUAAAGAUUUUUUUAACACAAAUAAAUAUAAAUGUGAAAUA